CCACUUUAUACACCGUCGGUAAGUGGCGAUCACUCUGCCUUUUUUCGCAAUUUGUGGCUCUGCUACGUAUAACCUAGGGUUCCUGGAUUUUAAAAGCGCUGGGCAUUGUCCUAUUGUAACGAAUGCUGGCAGCGAAAUCUAAUCGAACUACAUUCUCAGAGUCCCAGUCCCCCACCACCAUCUUCAACCUCACAUUAUGCAAUCAACCCGACUUGAGCUGGUCCCCUUAUCCACAGACCAUCUGCCAGGUUAUUUUUCGGUGCGGUCCGAUUGGGAAAUUGAGAAAUGGAACAGUCCCAAGCCAUUCACCUCAAUAGAGGAAGCAGAAAAAGAUUUGUUAUCAAGAAUAUGGAGUGUCGACCCUACGCAAGAUACAUACGCAAUCCUCCUCCGCCAGGACCUGGAUCCCAAGACAAUUGAUAGGUCACAGUGCACAGAAGCCACAGAUAGCGACAGUACAGAUAGUGACGGUGUUCUCGUACCUGGAGGUUUCAUCGGCUAUAUAGGUGUCUAUAGACUCGAUCAGGUGCCCGACGUCCACUAUACUAUCCACCGAUCUGCAUGGGGGCUUGGAUUCGCGACUGAAGCACUACUCGCGUUCACGGAGUUGUUCUGGAAGACCUACCCCGAACACUAUCGGUUGAUAGGACGUUGUGACACCGAGAAUCCGGCUUCGGGUCGGGUAAUGGAGAAAGUGGGGUUUGAAUACUACGAUUAUAUAUGUGCAGAUGAGUUUCAGCCAUGGAUGGUACCGUCAGCACGAGAUAGUCUGCGAUUUGUACUGGCUAGGCCGGGCUACACCUUUGACUAGAGUGCUUUGUCGCAAGGUUGUGGUGGGAGGCUCGUGUGUGAACCUAUUGAGACGGUUGAUCCUACACCGGAAUUGU